AUGGCGCACCGAUGCGUGUACUUGGACUACAACGCCACGACGCCCAUAUGGCCCGAAGUCUCUCGCGCCAUGGCGCCGUUCCUGCACGAACACUUCGGGAACCCGUCGUCCGGACACGCGUUCGCGACGCCGUGUCGAGAAGCGAUCGACGCCGCGCGCGAAUCGACGGGCGCGAUGUUGGGGUGCGCGAGCGACGAGGUGACGUUUACUUCGUGCGGAAGCGAGAGCGAUAAUUUCGCCAUCGAUGGCGCGGUGCGUGGGUUUUUGAAGAAGAACGCCGGACGCGGAUUGCCGAAGAUUGUGACGACGGCGAUCGAGCACCCGGCGGUGAUCGAGCACUUGAAGGCGAAGGCGGCGUUCGGGGAAUUGACGUACGAGUUGGUCGGCGUCGACGAGGAGGGGUUGGUGAACGCGGACGACGUGAUCGACGCUAUCGAUGAGAACACGUGCUUGGUGACGGUGAUGCACGCGAACAACGAAACGGGAGCGAUACAGCCUGUGGCUGAAAUCGCGAGACGGGCGCGAGAGCGCGGCGUGCUGACGCACACGGACGCAGCGCAGAGCGCCGGAAAAGUUCCGGUGAAGGUUGACGCCCUCGGGGUCGACAUGGCGACGAUCGUUGGGCACAAAAUCGGCGCGCCGAAGGGAGUGGGCGCCUUGUACAUCCGUCGGGGUACUGACUUAGGCGACGCCAAGCCGUUUUACGGCGGUGGCCAGGAGAGCGGGCGGCGUGCGGGCACCGAGAACGUAUUGCACAUAGUCGGUUUGGGCAAGGCGUGCGAGAUCGUCGAGCGCGAGAUGGAUACGUGCCCGAAACAUUUGAAGGCGAUGCGAGACGAUCUGCAGAAGCGGCUGGUUGACGCGCUCGGUGGCACCGAUGGUUCGGGCGUGCGCGUGAACGGCCCGCGCGACGAUGACAAGCGCUUGCCGAAUACGCUGAACAUCGGCAUCAAAGGUUUGCUCGCCUCGAUCACGCUUAUGGAACUCAGCGAACUGCUCGCCGCGAGUGCGGGCGCGGCGUGUCACACACCAGACGCCGCCACGUCGGGCGGUGCGACGGUAUCGAGCGUUCUAGAGGCGAUGAACGUGCCCAUGGAGUACGCCGUCGGCACGUUACGACUGAGUGUCGGUCGACACACCGUCGAGCGAGACGUCGAGCGCGGCGCGGCGUUGUUGAUCGACGCCGCGAAAAGACAAAAUGCGGGCGCGCCGCGGUGA